GUGAAAGUGUCCAUAUCCUACAUUUUGUUUUACUAAAUGUCGCUGUUAUAAAUAAUUAACUUGCGCAGAUAAACAGCCAGAUCUUUUGGUAUCCUCAGCUUUUCAUACACUGGGUGAGAGACCACACUUCACUGUCGACUGCAAAUAGUUGAAUAAUUAAGGAAAACAGCCAGGCCCAUUGGUAUCGUCAGCUUUUAUACACUGGGUGAGAGACCACACUCCACUGUUGACUGCAAAAAGUUAAAGAAUUAAGGAGACUGGAGGUAAAGAAACAACGGUGACCAAACACCAUCACACCAUGGAAAACUACACAGAUUAUCCUCUGUAUCCUGACAAUUACUAUUACAGCCCUGACGAUGACCAUUUCCGCCCUGAUGAUGACCAUUUCCGCCCUGACGAUGACCAUUUCCGCCCUGACGAUGACCAUUUCCGCCCUGAUGAUGACCAUUUCCGCCCUGACGAUGCCCACAACCUCCCUGACUCAGGGGCCAUUGUAGCGUCAGUGCUUAUUCUCCUUGGUAUUCUCCCUGUCUGUUGGAUUAUCUGGUUUGCCUGUUGUAAACUCCGUGAAAGAGCACUUGUCACAGUCUUUCUUGUGUCCCUCCUUAUCAAUGACACAGUGCAGCUGAUCACUUCCCUUUUUGUUGUGGGAAUUAAACUAAUGGGGAUUUCCUGUUAUAGUUCGUGCCAUGCAUUACUCCAACUGUUCAUUCUGUCAAGAUUCUGCGGCCAGAUUUUUCACCUGCUGGUUGCUCUGGAGAAUAUAUUCUGUCUGAGUCGUACACGGUCUUCCACUCCACCGGGGUUCAAGCUUAAGUGUUUCUUCUAUCUCCUCUCUGCAGCUGUUUGGCUCGGCUACAUUGUAAUUGCAUUUUUAGUAAAUGUGGAUGAUAUGAAUAAUUAUCUUUGCUAUAUUUUUUUAAAUUUCUUUGGAGUUUUGUGCACAGCUGCUGCAGCAUGUAUAAUGAUCCUAAAACCCUUGAACCCCACCAAAACUAGUCAGAGUUUGAAGGUAUUAGCAGUGGCCAUGUUAACUUAUGUGAUACUCUAUGUUCCUGAUUCCCUCUACUGGAUAAUACAACACUACGGACCUGCUUGGACAGAUGAGUUUAGAUAUGAUUAUUUUUUCCUCUACCUGCCGUGCCUGAGACCCAUCACUGACUGUGUCCUGUGUUGGUAUAUAUGCAGGGCACAUCGUAUAGAGUGGAAUGAGGUAGGCAUACUACCCAAUUCACUUACCCUCGAUUCCUCUCAUUCUGUCGUCACCUUCUCAAACUGCAUUGGAAGAGGACCAUUGGGAGGGACCUCCAAUACUGGAGGAUGAGAGAUUAUGGGAUGUGAGGAAUCAAGGAAAGAUACAUUGUGAUAAAGCCCAGUACUGAAGGCUAUUUGAGGGCUAAUAAUUAUUUGAAGGAGUGGAGGCUGGUGGGAGGAGCUAUAGGAGGACUGGUUCAUUGUAAUGACUGGAAUGUAAUAAAUGGAACUGAGGCUAACAUGUGGUUUCCAUAUGUGUGAUGUGUUCCAUUAAUUCGUUCCAUUAAUUCCCUUUCCCUCCCAUUAAAAUGAGCCCAUCCUCCUAUAGCUCCUCCCACCAGCCUCUACUGGAGUGAUAAGGGAGAGAUCUGGUGAAUUUGGGAUGGACGAUACCUGUGGAAAAUGUAAAAAAAAUAAAAGAUAUACAAAAAUAAACAUACUGUUGUAGUUGUGUUUUGCUCGAAGGCCGGAGUUAAAUCCGACUGCGGGUUGUCAACAAUGCAGCUUUGAAAGGCAAUUUCCAAUUGAGUCGACAUAUGCAGCGGUUACCGUGAAUGAGAUCUCCGUGACCGCGGGAACUUUAAAAGCUGCAUUUUUGAUAACCCACGUCGGAUGUAACCCCCAGCCUAACACUUGCACUUGUCUUUUUCCUACUAAGCACUGGGCUUUGCUGAUAACUGCUUUUAAUGGAAAACGUUUUUACUUGCAAUUACUUUGAUAUGUAGUUGUCUUACCUAGCUUAAAUGAAUGCACUGACUGUAAGUCACUCUGGAUAAGUAUGACCAAAAUGUAAAUACGUAGAGGCUAGUUGCAACUAAAUAACAGAUGGACUUGUUUGUGAUCCUCCUUGAUUGGCCAACGAGUUAUCACUUUGUAUCAACAACAAUCCUAUUCACAGUUCAUAUCUUUUAUUAAAUGAUUUGGAACAUAUCAAGACGUUUUUAAUCAGUACAAACAUUCAUAAUUAUAAUAAACAAUGAUGUAAUUAACAGGA